UGCAAGCUGCGCAAACGCAGCCGCGCGCGCAACGUUGCAUUUCAUUGCAGAAGUGCAUAUAGCACAGUGCAGUGUUACUUACUUGUUAAAAAAAUAGGCAAUAAAAUUGGAUUUACAUUUGGAGAUAUGUAUACAUAUAUAGUAAAUAAUAGGAAUUUUAACGGAUUACAUGUAAAGUUUUAUUAAGCGACUUAAGUUAAUCGUCUUGAAGUUGUUUCUUUUUUGUUAUUUUACGUAUGAAGAUUUUUUUUUUAAAUUACAAGUUCAGAAACUGAACAAAGACAUUUUGUGCUUGAGUGUAGAUAAUAUGGUUCGCAGGAAGCCUACAACUAAAAGUGGAGUGUUGUGGUGAACUAGAAAUCCGAUACUAUUUGAGAGAACCUAAGUGUUGGGGGUUCCUAAAGACCUUUCAGAACGGUAUUGUGAAACUAAAAGUACCAGGAAUACAGAUUCGAAAGGAGAUAAUGCUGAUUUAUAGGACACCGGUAUAAAUCCCUACUGGUGCUUGAAAACUAUUCGGCGAGGUUCAUCCCGCGAUGUUGUUUAUGGAGAUAGCGUUCCAGGCUGAGAUGGACAGACACGAGGACCCGGAGUCCAAGGAUGAGGCGUGGCUGCUGUGUGGCGAGGACCCUGCCUCCACCAGGCGGAAUGUUGACGAGCUCAGGGAUAUGAUCUAUGAGCGCGGUGAGUGUGAGCCGCAUCGCAUGGAUGAUGCGUACCUGAUGCGGUUCCUGCGCGCGCGGCGGUCUAUACCUGCGCGUGCGCAUCGAUUGAUGGUCCGUUACUGCAACUUCCGGAAACAAAACCCUUACCUGUGGAGAGACAUAGACUGGUUCGGCUUGACGAAGCUUGGAAACAUCUUUGAAGGCGUGUUGUUUGACCGACCCGACGUCGGUAGACUCAUCAUAUGCAGGCUAGGUCUAUGGGACCCAGAUGAGCACUCAAUAGAAGAAGUUCUUCGAGGCGCCCUACUCCUCCUGGAGAUAGGCAUCAUGCAGCCGAAGCUGCAGGUCCUAGGAGGUACAGCCCUGCUGGAUUGCGAGGGGCUCACCAUGAAACAUAUGAAGCACCUGUCGCCUACAUACGCUCUGCAUGCUAUGAACAUUAUGGGGUUCGCUUUCCCCCUGCACCAGCGCGGCGUGCACGUGGUCAACUGCUCGCGCAUAUUCGAGGCCCUCUUCUACGUCUCCAAGCGAUUCGCGCCCUCCGAUGACAUCUGGAAGAGAGUUCACUUCCACGGCUAUGAUCUCACCUCGUUACACAGGUACAUAAGUCCGGAUUGUCUCCCGAAGCGUUAUGGUGGCAGUCAACAGGAGGUGUCGCUGAGGGUUUGGUUGACAAAGAUCAACCAGUACAAGAACAAGCAGUUCGAUGACGAAAUGAGGAACCUGGGUUAUGCUGUUGAUUAGACCAAUAAGUAAGAAGUCAUGGUGACACUAUUUGAAGAUUACAAGUAUUAUUAGUUCGCUUCUAUCUGUGCUCAGCGGUGAUGGAAAACCUCGUAAGGAAACCCACAUUCCCGAGAAUUGCAUUUUCGAAGGUAUGAGACCUAUCCUGUAUUGGGGUGGUUUUCUCUUCGAAAGUCGGAAGGUUAGACUAGCAGUCGCUUCUGUAAAAAUCCGGACCUGUCAAAAUCUUCAGGUUAGAUAAGCGGACCCUGUGAAAAACGGGAUAAUGCUAGGGAGAUGAUUAGUUAGCUUCUAUGCAGAACAGGGAGCGAAUAAAAUACAUAGAAGAAAAAAUAAUAAAAAAAGAAUGUAAAAUCUCCACAUGAUGGACAAUGGUUAUGGGCAAUAGGCUGAUCCCUUUUAACGUUCAUUAUAUUUAUCUUAGGACUUCGUAUCAACAGUGACUGCAAGUCGUUUUUGUUUACUUGUAGCUCUGUCCACCCCGAUAAGAACUGCGGCCGUGAGUUUUUCUAUGUAUGUUCAAGUAUUAUUAAAAUUGAAUUAUUAAGUCCUAUGCGUUACUGGCCGAGAAAAUAGAUUUAGGUACUUAUAUAAAAACAUUAUGAAUUGAUGAAUUUAAGUAUAUGGGAAUAUGUAUAUGAAACGUGCAAUAAACUCGAGUACCUUACUUACAAAAAAAUCCUGGCCAGGCACGCUCCCGGUAUUUAUCCGACUGUGGGGAAGCGAAAAGGAGCAUAAUGUGUAGCGAAUGGAACAAUACGUGAGGCUAAUGCGACACUGUGAAAUAAGAUAAGACAAUAAUUAAUCUAUAGACUGAAAAUAAUAACUAGAAGACAGGGAACUGUGGCGGAUUUAAUAUUAAUACAGAUUAAAAACUAUUUUGAUAUAAUAAUGUGUAUAUAAGAUAGGAAAUAAUGUAUAUAGAUAGUUAGUGGUAGUAGCCUAGUUCGAAGAACGAGUGACUCUCAUUUCGAGGUCGCAGAUUCAAAUCCCAGCACAGGCCAAAACCAAUGUUACGCACAUUGUUACUUUUUAGAGGCAUGGGAACUUUUUGUUACAAACAAGAAUUAUUGUUUCUAAUGCAAGGGUUUUCAAUAUUUUCAUAAACAGAGACUAUUUUUGUAAUUAUUAUUGUAAUAUGUUCUUUAAAUUAAAUAAAUAAUAUAAUAUUAAGUUGCCUGGAAGAAAUUGCUGCAUGAGCAAUAAGGCCGCCUGUUGUGCUUUUCUGUAUAUGUUGUCCUUAUCUCUGUAUUUUGUGUCCAUUGUGCCGUGAUUGUGCUCAAUAAAGUAUUUUAUCUAUC